AACUCGAUUCCAGAGAAAGGUAGCAUUAGUCGCGACCUCCAUGGGACACGGCUGAAAAUGUUUGCUGUCAGCAACUUGCGAGCCGUGUCUACGGUCUUAAAGCGAAACAUUGGUUCGGUUAGGAAUGCUGGAGCGUGGACUUACAGAGAGCCCCCAGCUCCACCCCCUAGGUAUAUUACAACCACAGCAGAGGUUGUAGGGGCUAUUGCUUGGUACUGGUUUCUCUGGCAUCUGUGGUACCAGCCAGAACAUGUGUUUGGCCAUUUCCCUUAUCCAGACCCAUCCAAAUGGACAGAUGAAGAGCUUGGUAUACCACCAGAUGAUGCUGACUAACUUAAUGACUGUACAGGGAAUAAAAACCACAGUGCUUGUAUAAAAAAAAAACUUAUAUUAUGCAAGCUGUCAUAGCAGUGUGUGGAGAGUUACAUUCAUUAGUCUUCAUUGAAUUUUUGAUAGGUUGACUUCUGCAUUGAGAAGCUAUGCUACUGUGAAUUAGUUUGUUAUCUAUGAAGUGCUUCAAUAAAUGUGUUGUGUAGUA